CAGUCAUGGCCAAUGGCAUCCGGAGUGUUCACCCACACUGUUGCUUUGUCUUCAAAUCUCACAGUGUGCGAGCAGUUGGGUCAAAAAGGAAAGGGUCACUUUUUUCAUGUUUUGGCUACUGUCGAUUUGAUGACUGCCCUGUGGAGGUCCAUAUUAACAUUGAGGAUGAGUCAUCCCUUAAAGCAGUUGUGACCUUCAGUGGUGAAACAGCAUGGCACAACUGUGAAGAACUGAAACAUCGGCCUGUGCGUGCAGAUGAAAGGGAUGCACUUGCUAAUGCCCUCACCAGCAAACUUCCCAGAAGUGUGUACCUUAAUACUCUAAAUAAACUGGAUGACACUGUGUUGGCUUCUGGAAACAGAGACCAGGUACCAUCAACUGGUGUGAUGAAAACAUUGUCCUGGCAGGCAAGAAAGAAGCAGAGAAAACACAACAAUGAAAUUAUCAGCCUCCUAAAAAUGAUGGAGAAAGAGCUCGGGACUGAGGAAGCAGUCAUUCAAACAAUUAUAGCACACCCUAAAGGAGUCAUGCUAUGCUCCAAUAAAACAGUUGACCUCUUCCAUGACAGGUGCAGGGAAGACAUUGUAUAUUUGGAUGCGACAGGGAGCAUUGUGCAAAAGGGAAAACCUCACCAUUUUAUGUUUAUGAGAAAUCCAUUCAAAGGAUCCUCCCCUGUCCCUGUGGCCACCUAUAUCACCAACGACCACACAACAGCCUCCAUAUCAUUUUUCCUUGGGGCAUUUCUGACUGAUGUAAUAAGACUCCAUGGAAGGACAGCCAAACAAAGGCCUGUCAUGUUAAUAUGUGAUGGCUCUACAGUCCUUAUGCAGUCCAUGGCCUAUAACUUCUGUGGAGUCAGCCUCCAGGAACUUCUCUCCAGGUACCACAGCAUUGUAACUGGACAGGCAAAGCAUGAUUGCAUAGGGCUACCAAUCAUGCAUCGCUGUCUCAGUCAUGUGAUGAAAAAUGCUAAGGACCUAUGUCGAAAACAUGCCGCCAAACAUUACCACCUGGCUAUGCAUGUUUUUGGACUGAUGACACAGGCCACCACAAUGUCAGAGCUGGAUGAAGUUGUCACCAGUGCUGUGGUGGUAUUCUCCAGCUCCCACAGUGACAGAAAUGUUGGAAAACAUUUCAAAAAUCUCCAGAGACUACUGACAAAUUCAGCAUAGUCAGACUUGGACGAUUCAAGCAUUGUGGAGCAAGACUGUGUGAAUGAUAUCGGACCUACGCCCUUCAAACAUCAUUUUGAGGACUUAACACAAACAGUUAUUGACAAAUCUGGUGAUGACAACAUAUACUUCUGCCCGACUUCCAUCCCUUCCUUGCUUAAGUACUUUCUUCCCCUGGCUGGUCUGUGGUCUGGCCUACUCUUGGGUGACCUUGGACGCCAUGGAACAGGGCCCAUUUAUUAAGUGCUGCAAAAAAAAAACACACAGAAUUACACACAGGACAACAAAACUCAAGGGAUAAUGAAAAAAGCCAGUGGGACCUCAAAAAGAUCAGUUUUCAACAGAGACGUCUGACCAGGCUGGACGAUUUUGUACAUACAUACAAAGUCACCUUGAGCACCCUGCUAAGGGAAUAUGGCGACUCUCUGAGGAGGGGGCAGAAGGCAAAGAAAAUGUUUGUUGUGAAAAGAAAACAACAUUGAAUAAUGUGAAAUGGCAGAAUAUUGAAUGAAAGCUCAUGCAGAAGACAAAAACACCAAAAGCUCCAGCUCCACUAAAGAAACAAGCGCCAGGUCAAACUGAAGCACAUAUUCCAUCGCAGGAUCCAAAAGACAAGGCAAGACAAGGUCAAUCUUCAGAAAUGACGGAGCAUGCUGAGGAUGACGCACAGGGAGGUAAAUUGGAUGCUUCAUCAGAGCUGACUGCGUUGUGGGAAAAAAAGGACACUGAGGUGGUGGUGUCUGUAGUCCCCACGCAAAUAAGAGGAAACAGUUUCACCAUCUAUCACUCUGACAUACGGACCCUUAGACCACACCAGUGGCUUACAGGCAAGAUUAUCGAGUGCCUUUUCCAUAUACAUGCAAAUAAAUGUAAACUGGGGACAAGGAUUUAUAUUCUCAACCACUACACAGCUGGUGUGAUCCUCUUCAGGAAAAGAGAAGAGGUCAGGAAGCACACUUUGUCAAAGAUACAGUUUGACAGCUAUGGAGCCAUUGUGUCCUUUGUAAAUGUGGGAAAUAUACACUGGACAUUUCUGUACAUCAAUGCUGAAGAAAGCACAAUGUAUUUGGCAGAUCCUGCACGCAACUCUGCAGUGCAGGCAGAGUCAGACAAUGCUGCCAAAAAAUUCAGUGAUUACUUCAAAAUGAGGAGGACCUGCUGCAGUAAGACGGACUGGGUAGACAUAACAUGGAAGGGAGGAGUGAUGAAACACCCAGUACAGCAGGAUGGCAAUAGCUGUGGGGUAGUUGUCUGCAUGAUGGCAAAGAAGGUCAUGGAAGUGUUUCCAAAAACACCAAAAAUGACCUUUGGGACCACAACAAGGGAGAUGGCGCAUCAAAGAAAAGUCUUAGCCCUGGAAAUACUGACAGCAUCAGUGUUUGACAAAGAAGUCAACUGUGCCAUGUGCGCCGCCAUAAAACCACCCGGCUCAGUGACACAUCAAACCCACACUGACUGGAUUCAGUGUGACAGCUGUUCGCGAUGGUGCCAUACACAGUGCCUGCAGAUGGACCAAAAGUGUCUUAAAGAGGCACAAGUUGGGGACUGGGAUUGCUCUCUGUGUACAAAAUAAUGUAUGUGCAUGAACAGUAAAGG